CCAACGCUGUGUGAUUUAUGAAGUGCUAUGAAUAAAUGUUAUUCCUAGCGUGUUAGUGACUUCGAAACUUUUCGAUGUGAGUGAAGUUUGUGACUUAUUCAUUGGCGCAGGCAAAAAUGAUUGACCCAGAAUCAACGACAAGGAACUUAAGUACGCCUACCUAGAUCAGUGAAAUGACUUUUAAAAGUUUCUUUACCAAAGAUAACCAAUCGGUUUAGCGGUAAAAACUUGAAGGGAGUGCGAAAAAGGAGGACAAGACUGCAAAAACAAUCAUGGCUAUGUCUCGACUACAGACUAUUCUUGUUCAUGCUUUCAUCCUGUGGAUCAUGACCAGCACAACUCGAGCGGUUGUCCGACCCACAGCUAUCACGAUCGAGGACAACGGCUACAAGAAUGUGCUGGUGGCGAUUCAUCCAUCGACCAAGGAGAGCAGUUCUUUGGUCGAUUACAUAAAGAAAAUGUUCACAGAAGGCUCCAUUUACUUAUACAAUGCCACAGAGAAGAGGGCAUAUUUCCAUGACGUCACAAUCCUAGUACCCAACACCUGGGCAGACAACGCCGCCUACCAACAAGCCACGUCAGAACUCUACAGCAACGCGGACGUUGUCGUACGGGACUUCUUUGGAGGUCUGAACGCCCCACGGGACAUCCAUGACACUACGCCGAAGUUCAAGGUCGUUCGUCUUACUUCCUCUCGCCGUAUGGUCAUGGCCAUAGACACCUCGGGAAGCAUGCAGGACGACGAGAAACUUAUCAAGGCCAGGCAGGCGGCGACCAGUUUCAUUGAAGACGGUCUGGAUGACGGAGCCUCGGUGGGCGUCAUCUCCUUUGCUAAAGAGGUCAAGGUCAUGUCUCCGCUUGUCAAGGUCGACUCAAAGGAGAGCAGGAAAAACGUCACAAGAAAGCUUCCAACAGAGACUGGAGGAGAGACGUGUAUUGGCGCUGCCUUGUUGAAGGCGAUAGAGCUGUUCAAGAGACAUGACGAGAACGCGACUGACGCCUUCAUCGUGCUCAUCACAGACGGCCAGGAGACGUCUGCGCCGACCGUUGAUGACGUCCUAGACAAGGUCAAGGCCGCGGGGGCUGUUGUCAGUGUCAUCACAUUUUCGGACGAUGAAGACAAAAAUCUGGAGAGGCUGGCGCAGAGGACAGAUAAUGAGCCAAGCCACAAUCCUGAAACAAGGGGCGGUAAUGCAAGGCAGCUUUCUAGUGGACGAAAGCCUGGGGAAACGAACACGAGUUAUCUUCACCUAUACAGACCAACUUCCAACCAUCAGAGUGACGUCACCGACUGAUCGAAUCUACUGCUCGCUAUACCCAGAAUACGAACACGACCCGUUCCUCAAACGGGUUAAAAUAACUAUCCCAUUCUCUGCUGAGAAUGGCCGCUGGUCUUACUCCAUCCGCAACGAGAAGAGUUAUCGAGAGAAAGUGUCCAUCAUGGUUUUGUCCUCGAGUGUAAGCAAUGACAGAAUGCACCUACGCUUUACCGGAUCCAUCUUGGUUCAGAACGACACUUGGCCCAUCCGGUCACGGAUCGUGGCUGAGGCCACUCGCGGGGAGCGUCCAGUAAAGAAUCUGAAGGUGGUGGCCACUGUAGAUCGCCCCAGCGCCGAGCCUGUCACUUUGGAGCUCUUUGAUCAGGGCGCGGGAGCGGACAUAGUCAAAGAUGAUGGCCUCUACUCCCGCUACUUCACCCGCUUCACGGCUGACGGUCGCUACACGGUGAGGAUAGAGAUGAUGACGUCUGAGGGCGAUGUGCUGGUCACGGGAGAUAUGGAUUUCAAAAUGGCGUCCUUCGUAGCUUCCGCCUACGCUGGCAGUGUCCACGUGACCCACCCGCGUCUGAUCGGUCCCCAUCACUCUGAGGUCAUACCUGACGUCACAGUGGACGAGUACCCGCCCAUGCGCAUCACGGACCUGAGGGUCUUGCAUACGGAGCGAAUCAACGGCAGUGGCAUUGUUGUUCUGGCCUGGACGGCGCCUGGUGAUGACGCAGAUAUUGACACAGCGGAGUCGUACACAAUAGUCGUCACGCCCCGCGCAGAGGACCAGGUCGGUGCACAGCGGAAGUCCCUUCCCGCCAUUCCUCCCUCAGCAGUUCUCAAAGGCAGUCUGGACAACCCAAAACCGUUCGGAGAGCGGGAAGAGAUGGUGGUGCAGAUGGACGUCCCGAAAGGCCAGAAUGUCAGUCUGGUGUUCUCCAUCUUCGCUGAGGACGAGUCCGGAAACAAAGGUGAACUCUCCAACUUGGUGACAGUUGGUUUCGGAUUCGUUCCCGACUUGACCACUCGUGAGUACCUGAGCGAAGAUCACAGCGAAGUGGCCAAGGACGCCAAAGAAGCGCCACAUUCCCAGAAAAUCGUCAUCGCAGGUUUUGUGGGCUCUGUUGUUGUCGUGUUGGUCUUGACUGUAGUGAUCUCGAUCAUAAUUCAAGUGGUGCAGAACAAAAAGAAGAAAACCAAAGACGCAUUUGAAGAAGGUAAUAAAAAGAGUUUUGUCAUCUGAGUCUAGCAUUCGCAGGAACCUAUUGCUGAAAUUGUGCAAAUGUUUUUGUUAAAAUAAUGCUUAGUAUAUUUUUUGUCAUAUAGGGCUAUUUUACAGUAUUGGAGAUAUUACACUGUAAGACAUCGUGGUGAAAUCAGGCGCUCAUCAAAAUAAUGAAAUCGAAGAAAAUAGCAUUUUCCAGCUGCUUUAGCAAAUUUGUUCAAAUUUUUAUUUUUUAGCUCAACACCUUUUAGAUCUAUGUUCAUUUAGAAGCGAACUUGAAUGCAGAUUUUACUGAUAAAAACGUUGUCUAGGGACACAAACAUGUAGAAUAUUCAUUUUUCAAGUACUCUCAAUCCAUGUAAUGUACAAAACUUAGGCGUUCAUUUUCUCGAUAAUUUUACCUCUCACACUAGGUGACCCCACCCCCUUCAAUUGCAAGUAUUUCCACUUCUGUUUAUCAUAGAUGGGUACUUUUUUGCCAAAUGCAAGACAAAAAA